AUGUUUAAUAGUGCUGGAGAUGAUUCAACGAUUUUACUUGAUGAUGACCGAAUAGAUAGACAUUCGGACUGUAUUAAAACCGGAAUUUUGAUAAAGAGAGGACAAAAGUAUAAAAGUUUAAAGAAAAGAUAUUUCGUUUUGUUGCAAGAUGGUUUCCUCUUCUAUUAUAAAGACAAAGUUGAUCUCGAUCAUCCUUUGGGCAUUAUUUAUUUAAAAUCAAAUGCCUUUCUCAACAAGAAUGCUGAAAUUUCUGAAACUGUUGGUUUCGGAUUCACCAUACGAGCUGGCUCCAAACGAUUCUUGUUAGCUGCAGAAUCGAGUGAAGAGAAAGCAAGUUGGUGUCGAGCCAUUGACAAGGUUAUUACAUGUUGUGCCUCUCGAGAGAAGGCUUUGAUUCAACAACAACAGAGAAAACGUUCACAAGUGGUCAUGUCAUCCUCACCUACGAAUGUGUCAGCCAUGAAUGGCACCAACGUUUUUGACGUGUCGAACAACAAAUCACAACAACAACAACAGCAGCCUCUUUCUCCGACCUCCUCAUCAUCCAAUACUGGAGGUUUUGUCAAUGAAGGUUCAGAGAAUGGAAACCAGUUUCAAGGAAAUAAUACUUCUUUGAGCACAGCACCAACAACGAGUGGCUCUUACACGAGUGGCAAUAGCACCACUCUGAAUGGAUAUGAGAGAGAAAAAUUUGAAAAAUUACAACGACAAAAAGAUGAAGCUUUAAAUUUGUUACAACAAAUUGAUGUGACAUUUGUGAAAUUAUUAUCCACGACAAACUUAUUGAAAAAAGAAAUUCAACAAGGAUUGGAAAAAAUUAAGCCACAAUCUUCUGAGGAAACUCAGCAAAAUGAACACGCUCAAUCCUCCUCUGAACCACAUAAGAAAAAUCAAAAAGCUCCUCAGACUUCAUCCAGUGAAGAUGAUAGCGAUACAGGAUUUGAUACAAGUGAUUCUGAAGAGACAGAUAUUCGUACCUCUUUUGAUCCUACUGUCAUUCUUGCUCCAUCAACCGUUUCCGAUUUAAUGAAUCCUGUAGAGCGAUUGAAAGGUCUCAAAAUGACCAUGGACAAAGUCUCCAAUGAAUUAUCGUCGUUAUUUGAAAAGCUUCAAUUCAAAAAUUCAUCGGCUGAUGAAACCACCAAACAACUUGAGGAAACCAUCGAAGAACUUGAACAGGAAAAUCAAGAAUUGAAACAAAAGGUUCAAGAUUUGGAAACUGAGAAUGCUGAGCUCACUCAUCACAAACGACUUCUCAUUAAGGAAGUGAAAAAGUACAGAAAUGAAGCAGUUUCUACAGGUUCUCCUCCUCAGCAGCAGCAACCAUCCCAACAAGAAGAACCUCGACCUCAGGAAUAA